AUGAACCAGCAGGAGAGCUCACCUACACAGGACAUCACACACUGUGUAAUUAACCCUCUCUGUCCGGGUCAGGGUCUACGUCUGAGUCUGGGAGAGGGUUUGGGUCAGGGUCUGGGUCUGAACUGUCUGCGCAGGAGGGACACAGGACUUCUCAGUCAGCUUCAGGAGCUGGACCGUCAGAUAAGCGACCUGCGACUGGACACCGAGGAUUCACUUGACCCGCCGGAGACGGACAGCAGACCCAGCUCAGGUUUCUAUGAGCUGAGUGACGGGGCGUCCGGCUCUCUCUCGAACUCGUCAAACUCCGUCUUCAGCGAGUGUUUCUGUUCCGGGGCUGACGCUGACGGACGACUCCCUCCUGCAGAUGAGCUGUCCAGCUGUUUGGACUGUGAUGGUCUGGUUGGAGGACUCUGUGACGACUCGUCUUUCUGUGGCACGGUCCGACGCUCGCUCUCAGCUCCUCAGCCGCCUACCUUGGACCCUGUGUCCCUGGUGGUCUCCUGUGACUCUCAAGUAUCCAAGUAUCACUGCGACCUGGUGGUCCGAAGUGGCAGUGAAGUCUACCGCUACCCGAGCCCUCUGCAUGCCGUGGCGGUCCAGAGCCCCGUCUUUCUGCAGAAGUGGGGCCAGGGGAGUCACAGCAGAGAAGAGGGGGCUCCAAAGAGUCUUGAGUCUUCCCCUCUUCCUGUUUCAGCUCCUUCUGUACCUCAGAGCUCCUCCUGGCCCGCCCCCUCCUCCUCCUCCUCUUCGUCUCUGACUCCGUCACAGAAACGACUGGACAGCUACAUCAUCAGUCUGCUGCAGAGGAGAGCCCUACCCAUCAGGACUAACAGACCCAGGACCAGUAUCAGCACCGACCCAUCAAAGAGCAUCCUGAGGCAGGGCAGUCUCUGUGUAAGGCAGUUUUCUGAUCCCAGCUCUAGGUCUGGUUUUGGGACUGUGAGGGGGUCUGACCUCAGACCCUCCUGGCCGGCUGCAGGAGCAGAAGGUGCCGUGACCUGGUCUCCUCAGAGUCAGUGGUCUGGGGGAAGUAAAUCGGAGGAGCAGGAUUCUCCCGGCGUCUACCCUGAUGGCAGCAUCGACGCAAUGCAACAUGGCUUCAAGGUUACCCUCAGUGACCCGACACCAGACCCGAACCCGUCUCCUCUAAAGAACAGCGUCCAAACUGGCUCACCUGCCAAGAACCAGGACUCCAACCCGAGCACUCACAGUCUGCUGAAACAGAAAGGCAGCAGGCCUCUCAGGGAGCUGGGCUGUCCCACAUCAAGCUCCUCCCCCAAGGAGACCAAAACGCCAUGUUACCCGCCUGACCAGGAUCUGCCCCUCAAACCACUGCCAACUGUCAAACCACAACCAGCUGCUCCUAGAGACACCCCUAAACCCCCUCAGACCGAGAAGUCGGUUCCUGAUAAGACCAGUGAAGGUUCCUCCCACAGUCAGGAUCCACCGGGAGGAGGGGGUCUCAUGGUUGAUGCUAAGCUCAUCCGCCCUCAGCGGCAGACCGUCAAACCCUGUAAGAGUGGCAACAAAAUCCUCAAGUCCGUCAAAGUGAAGAACGCAACACUCAGGAUGAGUCCGGACCCUGGACUCAACGAGAGAAGAGGGGACAAGUCUUACCACAGGUCCAGCUCAAAGAGGUCCCGGCUGCUGGAAGACGGUGGCUCCAUCCACGUUAGAGGCUCCAGGAGAGCAGCUGGUGGUGCUAACGGGACGUCCUCCUCCAGAAUGAGACGCCUCCCUGCGUCCAUCCCAGAGGGCCGAGUCCUGGACCAACACGCCACGUCAACACGGAGCAGUGUGCAGUCAGCUUCAUCCAGGAACCAUCCCCAUGGACACCAUCACCAUGGACACCAUCACCAUGGUCACCACCAUCAUCAUCACCAUGGACGAGACCAGGUUGUAGUCCUCGCCAAACCGAAGUACAAACGGAGUGAUUACUGGCGGUUGCGAGCGAUCAUGGAGGUUCCGUGCGACGAGGCGUUCAGGCGCGCUCAGCGGCGUAAGAGAAAGGAGCUGCUGAGUCAUUCUGCUGCCAACGGGUUCCUCCCCUCUCAUGCGUUGUCGAGCAGCCCGUACGCCGCCUGUACGGCAGGAAGUGACUCUGAGUAUUCAGCCGAAUGUGCGUCGCUCUUUCAUUCCACCAUCGUGGACACCAGCGAGGACGAGCGGUCCAACUACACCACCAACCGCUUUGGAGACAGCGAGUCCAGCGGGGACGAGUACGUGGAGGAGAGCACCACCACCAGUGAUACAGAGGAGAGUGGAGGGGGUGGGGCUGGGGGCGGGGCAGGUGGAACAGGAAGGGGGUGGGGCCAGUCUGAGGCAGCAGGGGCCCCGGUGACUGGGAAGGCAAUGACCGCAGCUCAGGCGAAGGCCUUCAUAAAGAUCAAGGCCUCCCACAACCUGAAGAAGAGAUUCCUCCGGUUCAGGUCGGGUUCUCUCAAACUCAUGACCACAGUGUGAGUCAGCAGGUCCAGAGCCCCGCCCCCAUACCUGCUGAGGUGUCUUACCUCUGCACUCUCAAUGUACCGGAAACGAGCCCAACUGUGACCCACACCUGAGGGAGGAGCAGACAGACCUGUGGUUGGACCGGAGCUCAUCCACCUUCGUACCCGCAUGUGUGACCAAUAAGAGUGGACUGUUACCCUAACUGGUCAGGUACACCCGGGUACACCUCAAACCUGCACAGAGAACCGGUCCAUCAGAGGGACUUGGUGUGGUCCUUUAUGUGCACCUGAGGUGUGGCCCACAGCUCUGUGGUUCUGGACGGCCUUAAAGGUUCUGGAGGUUCAAAUGGUGGAUUUAUGAUUUGGUCCCUGAACCGCUCGUAGAGACAAACCCGCUCAGGGUCGCUCCAGCAGAGCGCUGACCUCACUGAACAGUCCGGACUAACGCAGCAUCAGAUGCAGAGCUUAUGAUGAGCCAAUCAAAUUGGCGUCCUCCAUCAGGGCCUCACCUGUACCUGCGGUCUGCUUCAGAGCAGGAUCUCGCAGCUCAACGGGUCUGAUCGGGACAAGCGAUCGAACAGCCAAUCAGACGGACUGUGUACAAACGUCGGCCACUUCCUGCGUGUUGAAGCUCGGAGGGUCGACUCAUUUUGGUUUCUUCAGGUCUGAUGCUGAACUGGACCUCCAGUUAGUCUAGGUCCAGGCUGACUUUGUGGUCUGAGACCUUCCAGCUUCAGAUCACGGAGCACUUUAGUCUCCUCAAAGACUUUAAAGAGGUCUAGACCAUCAGACCUUUACUCUGAAGCACUCUGCGAUGUCUCUGCUGGACUGUGUUCUCCAGGUGGUUCCUCAGGUGUCUGAUGAUGUCUCUGGACCUCUCCUGAUGGUCUAGUUGAAGGUCUUGUGGAUGGUCCUGGUGAGGGUUGUGGGUUCUGCAGGGUUCAGGUUGAGUCUUGCUUCAGUCCUCUCUGUAUUUGCUGCACUUUGAGACGGACUGCGAUGCGUCUGUGUUUCGUAGCCUUAUUUUGUAUUUAUGACCUUUGACCUUUGACCUUUGGUUGUAGGGCGCACGCCACAUGCCGUGUUUUUAUUGGUCGGUAGAGUGACGGUGCUAUGUUUGAUGAAAGCUAUUUAACGCUAAUAUAUUUGCUUGGUAUAUAUUGGAUCUUCACACGGUGCGGACUGACGGCAACACACGGACUUAUACUGUCACCACUGUUGCCACGGUAACAGUACCACACAGGCCUGUCUGCUGGAUCAGGACUAAAGUCCGGUCUGAAGCUGGGUCCGCUGUUUCAAACUUCAGAGAAACUUUCAGAUCUCACGUUUCUGUCUCAAUCUCUGAAACUUAGCUUAGGUUAGCUUAGCUUAGCUUAGCACAAAGACUGUGAGCAGAAGGGAUCGGGACUGUUAGCCUGUAUGCCUUAUAGAGGAAUCUGUCAGGUGUUUACAUGCUAACCACAUAAACUCUGUUAAGGUGGCUAAAGCAGUUAGCAUGUAGCAUUAAAAGUAUGGGGCGGGGUUAGAAGCAGUGAAUCUGGGGGCGGGGUCAGAAGCAGUGAAUCUAGGGGCGGGGUUACAAGCAGGGGGCGGGGUUACAAGCAGGGAGCGGGGUCAGAAGCAGGGGGCGGGGUUACAAGCAGGGAGCGGGGUCAGAAGCAGGGAUGUGGUUAAAAGCAAAGGGCGGUGUUAGAAGCAGGGCGCGAGUCAGACGUCUCUGAAUGUAAUUAAUAAAAAGUGCACUUAGAUUAGCGUUAGCCUGUUAGCUUCUAGAACUUAUUGCUGAAAAUAAAGAGUGUCAGCAGGUCUGCUGCUGGUCUUUGUGCUAAGCUAAGUCAUCUGGAUGCAGUGGAUCUGUUUCAUCUGAUCGCUCAGGUGUGAACAGCUCGUCACAGAAACCAGCUCUCCUCACCUUUCACCUUCUCUUAGAUUCAAACCUUCAAAACCUCCUCCUGAGGGUCCUGUAGGUGAUGUGAUACACACCUGUACACCUGUGUACCUGUGUACCUGGGUACCUGAGUACCUGGGUACCUGUGUACCUGUGUACCUGGGUACCUGUGUACCUGGGUACCUGGGUACCUGGGUACCUGGGUACCUGGGUAGUGUGUAAAAAGUUCUGUGUUUGCUGAAACCUUUUUACGCUUUAAUAAACGUGGACUUGAACUCUA